GGGUGAUUGUGUUUCUCCUGCCCGCGCAGAGCAUCACUUGCGCGCUGCCGAAAGCCCGGAGCGGUUGCGCAGCGGGGAUUUCCUGUCCUCCCGGCCCCCGCAGACACUCCUGCAAGCCGGGACCGGAGCCAGGGCACCCUCCCCUUUGCGCCCACAGUCCUGCACUACGGAGCCCGUUCCACCUCCGCGCCUUCUUCGCGGGACAGGCCCAGGGAGAAAGAACCGGCGCCCGGGUCCUGGGCACUGCGCCCGGCGCGAGGUGCGGGAUGGAGAGCAAGGCGCUGCUGGCCAUCGCUCUGUGGCUCUGCGUGGAGACCAGGGCUGCCUCAGUGGGUUUGCCUAGUGUUUCCCCUGAUCCACCUAGACUCAGCAUACAGAAAGACAUACUUACAAUUAUGGCUAAUACAACUCUUCAGAUUACUUGCAGUGGAGAGAGGGACUUGGACUGGCUCUGGCCCAACAAUCAGAGUGGCUCUGAGAAAAGAGUGGCAGUGACUGAGUGCAAGGACAGCCCCUUCUGUAAGAUGCUCACAAUCCCAAAAGUGACUGGAAAUGAUACUGGAGCCUACAAGUGCUUCUACUGGGACACUGACAGGGCCUCAACCAUUUAUGUCCAUGUUCAAGAUUACAGAUCUCCAUUUAUUGCUUCUGUUAGUGACCAACAUGAAGUUGUUUACAUCACUGAGAAGAAAAACAAAACUGUGGUGAUUCCAUGUCUUGGGUCCAUUUCCAACCUCAAUGUAUCACUUUGUGCAAGGUAUCCAGAAAAGAGGUUUGUUCCUGAUGGUAACAGAAUUUCCUGGGACAGUAAGAAAGGCUUUACUAUCCCCAGCUACAUGAUCAGCUAUGCUGGCAUGGUCUUCUGUGAAGCAAAAAUUAAUGAUGAAAGUUACCAGUCUAUUAUGUACAUAGUUGUGGUUGUAGGGUAUAAGAUUUAUGAUGUGGUUAUCAGCCCCCCUCUUGAAAUUGAGCUGUCUGUUGGAGAGAGGCUUGUCUUAAACUGUACAGCAAGGACUGAACUAAAUGUGGGGAUUGAUUUCAACUGGGAAUACCCUUCUUCGAAGCAUCGGCAUAAAAAAGUUGUCAUCCGGGACCUAAAAACCCAGUCUGGGAGUGAGAUGAAGAAAUUUUUGAGCACCUUGACUAUAGAUGGUGUAACCCGGAGUGACCAAGGGCAGUAUAUCUGUGCAGCUUCCAGUGGGAUGAUGACCAUGAAAAGCAACACAUCAGUCAGGGUCCAUGAAAAACCUUUUAUUGCUUUUGAUAGUAGCAUGGAAUCUUUGGUGGAAGCCACAGUGGGAGACCGUGUUAAAGUCCCUGUGAAGUACCUUGCUUACCCUACCCCUGAAAUAAAAUGGUAUAAAAAUGGAAAACCCAUUGAGUCCAAUCACACAGUAAAAGGGCAAAAGGAACUGGUUAUUACGGAAGUGAGUGAAAAAGAUACAGGAAAUUACACUGUCAUCCUCACAAACCCCAUGUCAAAGGAGAGACAGAGCCACAUGGUAUCUCUGGUUGUGAAUGUCCCACCGCAGAUCGGUGAGAAGUCCCUGAUCUCUCUGGUAGAUUCUUACCAGUACGGCACCACACAAAUGCUGACAUGCACGGUCUACUCUGUCCCACCGCCACAUCACAUUCGCUGGUAUUGGCAGCUGGAGGAGUGCGCCUACAAGCCCUUCCAUGAUGCCUUAAUGACAAGCCCACGUACUUGUAAAGGAUGGAGAAAUGUGGAUGACUUCCAGGGGGGAAAUAAAAUUGAAGUCAACAAAAAUCAAUUUGCCAUAAUUGAAGGAAAAAACAAAACUGUAAGUACCCUUGUUAUCCAAGCGGCAAAUGUGUCAGCUUUGUACAAAUGUGAAGCCAUCAACAAAGUUGGGAGAGGAGAGAGGGUGAUCUCCUUCCAUGUGACCAGGGGCCCUAAAGUCACUUUGCAACCUCAUGCCCAGCCAACUGAGCAGGAGAGUGUGUCUUUGUGGUGCUCUGCAGACAGAACUAUGUUUGAGGACCUCACGUGGUACAAGAUUAGCUCACAGGCUCUGCCAAGCCAUGUGGGAGAGUUGCCCACACCUGUUUGCAAGAACUUGGAUGCUCUUUGGAAAAUGAAUGCCUCCAAGAUCUCUAAUGGCACAAGUGACAUUUUGAUCAUGGAGCUCCAGAAUGCAUCCUUGCAGGACCAAGGAGACUAUGUGUGCUUUGCCCAGGACAGGAAGACCAAGAAAAGACAUUGCGUGGUCCGACAGCUCACGGUAUUAGAACGUGUGGCACCCAUGAUCACUGGAUUCCUGGAGAAUCAGACUACAAGCAUUGGUGAAACCAUUGAAGUUUCAUGCACCACGUCUGGGAAUCCCCCUCCACAAGUUACAUGGUUUAAAGAUAAUGAGACACUUGUAGAAGACUCAGGUAUUGUACUGAAGGAUGGGAACCGGAACCUAACCAUCCGCAGGGUGAGGAAGGAGGACGAAGGCCUCUAUACCUGCCAGGCAUGCAAUGUUCUUGGGUGUGCAAAAGUGGAGGCAUUUUUCAUAGUAGAAGGUGCCCAGGAGAAGACAAACUUGGAAGUCAUUAUUCUAGUAGGCACAGCAGUGAUUGCCAUGUUCUUCUGGUUAUUACUUGUCAUCGUUCUACGGACCGUUAAGCGGGCCAAUGGAGGGGAACUGAAGACAGGCUACUUGUCCAUCGUCAUGGAUCCAGAUGAACUCCCCUUGGAUGAGCACUGUGAACGCCUGCCUUAUGAUGCCAGCAAGUGGGAGUUCCCCAGAGACCGGCUGAAACUAGGUAAACCUCUUGGCCGUGGUGCCUUUGGCCAAGUGAUUGAAGCAGAUGCCUUUGGAAUCGACAAGACAGCAACUUGCAAGACAGUGGCCGUCAAAAUGUUAAAAGAAGGAGCAACACACAGUGAACACCGAGCGCUCAUGUCUGAACUCAAGAUCCUCAUUCAUAUUGGCCAUCAUCUCAAUGUGGUCAAUCUUCUAGGAGCCUGUACCAAGCCAGGAGGGCCACUCAUGGUGAUAGUGGAAUUUUGCAAGUUUGGAAAUCUGUCAACUUACUUAAGGAACAAGAGAAAUGAAUUUGUCCCCUACAAGACCAAAGGGGCACGAUUCCGUCAAGGGAAAGAAUAUGUUGGGGAAAUCACUAUGGAUCCCAAACGCCGCUUGGACAGUAUCACCAGUAGUCAGAGCUCAGCCAGCUCUGGAUUUGUGGAGGAGAAAUCCCUCAGUGAUGUGGAGGAAGAGGAAGUUUCGGAGGAUCUGUACAAGAACUUCCUGACCUUGGAGCAUCUCAUCUGUUACAGCUUCCAAGUGGCUAAGGGCAUGGAGUUUUUGGCAUCACGGAAGUGUAUCCACAGGGACCUGGCUGCACGCAACAUCCUCUUGUCGGAGAAGAACGUGGUUAAAAUCUGUGACUUUGGCUUGGCCCGGGAUAUUUAUAAAGACCCAGAUUAUGUCAGAAAAGGAGAUGCUCGCCUCCCUUUGAAAUGGAUGGCCCCAGAAACAAUUUUUGACAGAGUGUACACAAUUCAGAGUGAUGUGUGGUCUUUUGGUGUCUUGCUUUGGGAAAUAUUUUCGCUAGGUGCUUCUCCAUAUCCUGGAGUAAAGAUCGAUGAGGAAUUUUGUAGGCGAUUGAAAGAAGGCACUCGAAUGAGGGCCCCUGAUUAUGCCACACCAGAAAUAUACCAGACCAUGCUUGACUGCUGGCAUGGGGAGCCCAAUCAGAGACCCACGUUUUCCGAGCUGGUGGAACACUUGGGAAAUCUGUUACAAGCUAAUGCUCAGCAGGAUGGCAAAGACUACAUUGUUCUCCCAAUAUCAGAGACUUUGAGCAUGGAAGAGGAUUCUGGACUCUCUCUGCCUACCUCACCUGUUUCCUGUAUGGAGGAAGAGGAAGUGUGUGACCCCAAAUUCCAUUAUGACAACACAGCAGGAAUCAGCCAGUAUCUGCAGAACAGUAAGCGAAAGAGCCGGCCCGUGAGUGUAAAAACAUUUGAAGAUAUCCCGUUGGAAGAACCAGAAGUAAAAGUAAUCCCAGAUGACAACCAGACGGACAGUGGUAUGGUCCUUGCAUCAGAAGAGCUGAAAACCUUGGAAGACAGAACCAAAUUAGCUCCAUCUUUUAGUGGACUGAUGCCCAGCAAAAGCAAGGAGUCUGUGGCAUCCGAAGGCUCUAACCAAACAAGUGGCUACCAGUCUGGGUAUCACUCCGAUGACACAGACACCACUGUGUACUCCAGCGAGGAGGCUGAACUGUUAAAGCUGGUGGAGAUUGGACCACCAGCUAGCAGUACGGCCCAGAUUCUCCAGCCUGACUCUGGGACCACAUUGAGCUCUCCUCCUGUUUAAAAGGAGGCACCCACAUCCCCCACUCCUGGAAAUCACAUGAGAGGUGCUGCUCAGAUUUUCAAGUGUUGUUCUUUCCAUCACUAGGAAGUAGCCACAUUUGAUUUUCAUUUAAAAAAAAAAAAAAAAAAAA